GCAAGUGCUUUGGUCAUGGCUCGAACUAAGCAAACGGCUCGCAAAUCUACCGGUGGUAAGGCUCCUCGCAAGCAGCUGGCUACCAAGGCAGCCCGCAAAAGUGCUCCGGCUACCGGCGGCGUGAAAAAGCCUCACCGCUACCGGCCUGGGACCGUGGCCCUGCGCGAGAUCCGCCGCUACCAGAAGUCCACCGAGCUGCUUAUCCGCAAGCUGCCGUUCCAGCGGCUGGUGCGGGAGAUCGCCCAGGAUUUCAAGACCGACCUGCGCUUCCAGAGCUCUGCUGUGAUGGCUCUGCAGGAGGCUUGUGAGGCCUAUCUGGUGGGUCUGUUCGAGGAUACCAACCUGUGUGCCAUCCAUGCCAAACGUGUGACCAUCAUGCCCAAGGACAUCCAGCUGGCUCGCCGCAUUCGCGGAGAGAGGGCGUAAACUUAGCCAGUUAUAUCUUUAUCUCUAAAGGCUCUUUUCAGAGCCA